GCAUCGUUAAUGUUCCCCAUCAUAUGACAGAGACAUACCCCUCUCAUGAUUCGCUACAAAAAUUACGUAUUCGUGACGCCUCUCACACACGAUGGCCUCGCGUAACCUGAAAGCGUUCAUUCCCCCGCAUCCUAAAUACCUGCUUUCACUGUGCAAACCCGCGCAAGUCUAACAUGUCAUUGAUGACGUUUUGUUUUCACUUACGAAACGUCCAAUCCAAUCAUUCAAGCACUCACGGCACGGCUUGAGAACGCCUCAGGCAGAUGCGGCGUAAGCUCCCGCCUCUCUUCUUAUAAGCUCCGCCGCCCCAGCCUCGAGCUUCUUUCUGCUUCUUAUUAGCUUCUUCAUCGCUUCGAAGCUUGAGAAUCUUUCAAUUGAGUAGCUUUUAAAGAUUUUUGUCGACAUGGAGGCUUUCAAGACUCAUGGAGGGGUUGCUCCCAUUCCCACCGUCGUUCCCGAACCGACUCACUACCAAACCAUCGGCCACAAUGGCGUUCGCGCUCUAUGGGUUCUCUUCGUCGCUAUGACAGUCGUGUCUGCCAUCUUCGCCCUGCUAUCAUGGAACGUUGCCGUGCAGCGUCGCAUCUUUUACUUCCUCACAACUCUCACCACCAUCAUCUCUGCCCUCGCCUACUUCGCCAUGGCGUCUGGUCAGACAUCGUACUUCAACUGCACCAGCGUGAGGGAUCACCACAAGCAUGUUCCUGACACCCACCAUGAAGUCUGUCGCCAGGUCUUCUGGGCCCGAUAUGUUGACUGGACGCUCUCGACACCGCUGCUUGUCGUCGAGCUUUGUCUCCUCGCGGGUGUUGAUGGUGCGCAUACCAUCUUUGCCGUCAUUGCUAAUGUGAUCUUUGUUCUCGCGGGUGCUUUCUCCGCUGUUGGACAUGCCAACACUGCCCAGAAAUGGGGAUGGUAUGCUAUCAGCGUCAUCGCCUUUGUCUUCACCAUCUGGCACGUCGCUGUCCCCGGCUCCCGAACCUCUCGUGCCCGCGGCACUAAGAUCGCUCGCCUCUUUGGCUCCAUCUCCGUCGCUUCUCUCAUCCUCUGGCUCGUCUACCUUGUUGUCUGGGGUGCCGCUGGUGGCGCUUGGAAGGUCAAGGUCGGUACCGAGGUCGUCAUCUACGCCGUCCUCGACGUCCUCACCAAGGCUGUUCUCGGCCUCUGGAUCAUCACUGCUACGCGACAGAACCGCGACACUACUCCCGAGAUUGGAGGUUACUGGACCAACGGUGCUGGUGCUGAGGGCACCAUCCGCGUUGGCGAUGACGAGGAUGGAGCUUAAAUGCGCCCCCGAAAAAAAGUCAAUCAAGUCCACGGAACAAUCCCGCAUCGGACGUCAUUGUUUUACAAACUUUCCGCUCACGAUUUGACGAGUGGUUUUUAAGCCCGAGCCAGCCGGUAUGGAUUGGAAUGAAUGAUCAAGAUUGUAUGUUAUGGAAUGAGCUGGGCAAAAUUGCAACGCAACGCGAUAACAUGCUCGAUUGAAAGGGAAUUGGGCGUUUGGGGCGUCAAUACGAGACAUGUACCUUAUGAUGCAAGUUAGUAGUAGCUUCAAUGUGAUGGGACACGAAUACGACAUACCCCUCUUGACUGUGACACCAUUCUGAGUUCCUGCAUGUCGACCUUAUGCGUCUGCAUCAAAUCAUGCCAUUUUGACGACAGAUGAUAUGAUAUAUUUUUAUGGUGAACGGCACUUUGCAUGAAUUGUUCUGUCUACCGAAUGCAUGACAAAACCCGCAAAAGUCUCCGAAAGGUCCCGUGUCUCGGCUGCCAUCAUCCUGCCGCUCUCAAUAAUUUGACGGAGUCCGAACAAGGAUACGGAUUACAACCCCAUUGCAUCAACACUCCAUCAAGGUUCCCAGACCAUGGCAUGAAUCAAUUGAAGCAUUUUGCAAGCGCGAUUCCAACUUAUCCGGACAACUAGUUACUACACUCCUUCAAGCUGCCACCAAUGGCUUGAUCCGACUUUUGGAUACGCUUACCAGGUAACCGAAUAUCUUUGUCUCAUCUUUGCCUUUCUGAUGAGCGACUCGAUUCCUCAAUCAUGUGAGUUAUGAGGCCGGGUCUCGUCAAGAAAGCUUAGUGAUAGGCUACCAUGAUAAACGCGCGAGAUAUGGAACAGCCACGUCCAUGUAUUUAACGUACUGCUUUAGUUCGUCUGUUCACCAACUCGACAGGCCAUCGCUUCGUGAUACAAUCUGGCAGCUAACAUAAAUACAAAUCUCAACCAGGUUCAAUCUUGAAGUUCAUCAUGUCAUAGAUAAAUAGUAUGUAGCCCACCCAACCCUUCCUAUUUUCCGAUUCCAAGAUGGCCUUGCAACUCAACCCGCUGAUCCUAAACAACGCAACCAUAGCACUUCUUCCAUGUAGUUGAAUACAUAACCAGAUAAGCAAGGAACUCCGAGCCAUUAUUUCUCUCAUAGGAGUAUAUUCGAGGGGAGUAGCACGCACUUGUAAAGUGAAUAUCAAUUCCUCACUGACUAAAGUCUUACGUAUUUUGCUAGACAGUUUAUCUUCUAGCCUACUGCUAAAAUCUAUAUCACUUGGCAGAUGCUGCCUCACUACCAGCUCCAUUUCGUUCCUCAGUCUCAAGACCAGCAAGAACAGCCCUUUCAGCAGCUGUUCCUUUGUGAGCGGUAAUCUUGCACAGCAGAGGCAAAACAGAGGCAAGAAUUGCACCCACUCCUAGGAACGCAGCAGUGACACCAAAGCCAAUGUGAUACGCCGGUGAGUCCCUCGUAGGCCAGAUUCGACUUCCAUAGACACUAGAGAAAUUUCCAAAAGCAUUGACGAGCGCAAGGACGAUGGCGCGCUUCUCUGGGGGCAGGCUCACAGUUGCGCUGGCCCAUGAGAGAAUCAAAGGAAGUGCUGACCAGAUUCCAGAAGCCACCAAGCAGAUCAUCACGUAUCGCACGAUGGGAUUCUGAACGGCGGCGCACACGACACUGCCGAUGCAACCGAGGGCGAGUGCCGAUGUAAUAUGCCAGCGGCGUUCGAUAUGACGAUCUGAGGACCAGGCGACAAAGAUGAGCACUACAGUAGCCACAGCGUAGAUGGGCACCGUCAUGUACUGAGCUUCAACGGAGUCGUAACCAAGUGUCUUUGUGAUUGUCGGGAUGAAGUAAGAGAUUGUUCCUGCGCCGACAUCCAGCAUGAAGAGGACAAUGAAGAUGUAAGUUCGGGGAUCUGAAACAGCAGCGACGAAGGCUUGCCAGUGAGUGAGUCGACCGCUAAGACUGCUCGUUGAGGCGAGACCAUCAGCAACGAUGCGAAUCUGAGCCAGUUGACGUUCUUGGGGGCUGAGGCGCUUUGAGUUAUGAGGAUAGUCAAGCAGCACAAAACAAGCAAUGAUACCAACACCAACAGUGGCUACCCCUUCAAUGAUAAAGAGCCAGCGCCAUCCCGUGAUGCCAUGAGCAUCAUGCAUGCCAGAUGUGAUACCACCAGCAAGUAGACCACCGAAAGCACCUGAGAGAACCGCAGCAGCGUAGAAAAUAGCAAACCGCUUGCCCAGCUCAGCACGCGUAUACCACGAACUUAGGAGGUAUAAAACACCCGGGAAGAAGCCGGACUCGAUGCAGCCGAGGAGGAAGCGAAAGGCGAGGAUGGUGCUGUAGUUCUUGCUGACGGACAUGACGGCGGAAAGGCAGCCCCAGACGAUCAUGAUGCCGGGGAGGAAUAACGAGGGUCGGCUGCGGGAGAGGAUCAUGUUGGAGGGGACUUCGCAGAUGAGAUAGCCGAAGAAGAAGAUGGACAGAACCCAUGCGUACAUCUCAUCUGUGAGCUUAAGGUCGUCGCCCAUACCCGCGAUCUUUGCGUUACCCUGAAGCAUGUAAGAUAUACAUGAUCCAUAAGAUAGGCAUGAGGAAAAGGUCGAUCUUCCUGACGAGCUUCUUCUCCUCAGGGCUGCCGGGGGUGUAAUCUCUCAGAGCGUCGGACAGUUCUUGCGAGAUGCCGACUUGCUCAUGAUGCUCACCAGCUUUGGGCAUUUCCUUCUCGUCGCUCAUCGUGCCAAUAUCUGGGUCUUUGAAAGACUGUGAGAAGGGCGGGCUGUAUAGUGAGGCACUUGAGGAUCAAAGCAAGGUGGCGUGUGCUGGAGGAGUCCAAGAGUCUGGAGAAGAGGAUUGGAGUACAGAGACAAGGAUUGAAGCAACCGAGAUAGGGCCAACAACGAACUUAAAUACGAAAACCCGCCUCCAUGUUAUAAUCCCCAGCUAAUGCUACGCUAUAAAAACCAUGGGUAAGCCUUCGAACUCAAUGUGGAUCGCCCCAUGGGGUAAGGUCCGGGGCACGAAGACCGGGGACGUAGGUAUUGUCAUCUCCACAAGAGGGGCGGAGGAAGAAACACUCUAGACUUUGGCUCGAUGGUGCGGCACGUAGGCCGCUCUUGAGCAUGGGGUAGGGCGGCCUUCGCACCGAGUGGAAGAUGUAGUUCGGCAUUGCGACAAGCUAGCUAGUCAUGGGCAGAAUGGGGGGGGGGGUUCUUGGCAGAGAUUGCUUUAGCGGCAAUAAAGACAUAAUCAGCGGAGUGCCGAUGGAUGGAACAAAUUUGGCAGUAAUUGGUCUUUUGAUUAUUAUGUAUGCUAAUUAAUGAUGGUAUCUACGAUUACUCUGCC